AGAUUAACCACAAAAAAAACACACUUAAUAGGUAUUUUUCAUUCACUAAAUGCUCUUUUUAUCUCCCUUUGGUUUGUCAGAUUCUCAUUGCUGUGUUUUGUUCUUUUUUGGCAGGUGAUGGUGAACUCUGAGAAAGACCGUGCUUCUCUCUUGUGUAUGAAGGCUCUGGCCAACAGGGGGCGUCUGGACAUGGUGUCUCAGCAGAUGGCCUCUCACCCACAGUACCUAGAAAGUUUCCUGCGCACACAGCACUACAUCCUCUAUAUGGAUGGCCCAUUGCCCCUGCACUACCGCCACUACAUUGCCAUCAUGGCUGCAGCGCGGCAUCACUGUAGGUACCUGGUGUCUCUGCACUCAGCUCAGUUUCUGCGUGUUGGCGGAGACCCGUUAUGGCUUCAGGGGUUGGAGGCCGCACCCCCACGUCUACGGCACCUUGAUCACAUCAACAAGGUCCUGGCCCAUCAGCCUUGGCUCACGGCACGCUCCCACAUACAGGCUCUGCUCAAGACAAGAGAGCAGUGCUGGUCUCUGGCUGAGCUCGUUCAGGCCGUGGUUGUACUGGCCCACUGUCACUCCCUUUGCAGUUUUGUUUUCGUUUCUGAUUCUGACUCGGACAUCACUCCCACUCCCAGAGUGCAUCACGGCACACCUCCUGGCUACUGUCUCUGUGAUGCUGCCAACGGCAACACCGCCUUAUCGCCACCCCCUGCUGGACCCACAGAGAAG